GUCAGUAAGAAAGGAGAGGGGAGAGGAGAGGGGAGAGGAGAGGGGAGAGGAGAGGGGAGAGGAGAGGGAGAGAGGCAAGCCUUGAGCGAUGGCGGUCGGCUCUUCAGGUGGAUGGCGGCACGUGCAUCGACUGACCACCACCAUAAGCAGGAUGAGAAGUCGGACGGCCGUUCAUUCGUGUAGUCGGACCGGCGGCAGCGGCUUUACUGUUGUUGGAAGAGGAGGAGGAGGAGGAGGAAGAGGAGGAGGAGGUGCACGCAACUACGCGGCCCGUAGUUUCCUACCGAACAGACCGGAGAUCGAAGGGGUGAAGGAUAUCAUAGCUGUUGCUUCUGGCAAAGGAGGGGUGGGGAAAUCCACCACUGCAGUGAAUCUGGCCGUCUCCUUGGCCAGCGAGUGCAAUCUACGGGUGGGAUUGCUGGAUGCAGAUGUCUAUGGACCGUCAAUUCCGCGCUUGAUGGACCUUCGUGGGCGCCCAAGACUUGAUGAAGGUGAUGCUCAAAUAAGCAUCAGCCAGCGUGUACCCCUGUCAGGUGCAGUAAUUGUUUCUACACCACAAGACAUUUCACUGAUAGAUGCACGUCGUGGAGCAAACAUGUUUCGGAAAGUUGAUGUGCCGAUUCUAGGUCUGAUUGAGAAUAUGAGUUACUACAUUUGCCCAAACUGCAAAUCUGAAGCACAUAUCUUUGGUCAUGGAGGUGCGAAGGAGACGGCCAAGGAAAUGGGAAUGGAGUUCUUAGGAGAGGUACCUCUGAAUAUCACCAUCAGGCAGACGUCCGAUGACGGGCGGCCUAUCACCAUAACCGAUGCUGGAAGCGCAGAGGCACAGAUUUACGCAAGAAUAGUAAGGCGCAUAGCGGCGAAACUGAGAGCAAGUGCAGACGAAAGCCACGCGCAUCGAGCACCUCGAAUUAUCGAGGAAUGAGGACAUGGACAGACAGAGAGGUGUGAUGAAUGUUUUUCGCCAGGUUGCCUCUUCUGCAUCUUUUCAAACUUUCAAGUGCGCCCAUUUACUACACAACCUCAUCACUGAGUGUAAUCGUUGAAUUGAAGAAUUUGGAAAUGUAUAUGUCAAAAAAUAGUGCCUUUGUUCGAUGCACGCACGCACGUGAGGACAUCCUUCAGUCUCACCAGUGCUAUCUUGAAUGCAUGUGACUGUAUUUACCGUGUUUGUUCGGUGAAAAAAGAUACUCGUAUGUGUCAGUCAGUUUGGUGGGUCAGUGAGUGAGAAGAAGUAGCGAGUUCGUUGUCGGCAAGUGAGUAGUAGUAGUAGUCGUAGCCAGUGCGUGAGAACAAGUAGAGAGUGAGAAUUAAGUGGUCAGGGAGUAGUACUGAGUGAGAAAUUGAUCAUGCAAAAGGCUUAUCUCUGCCGAGGGGACAGUUUUUCCGCGGGAUCCUACGUCCUUUGCUAGCAGUUAUGGGAAGUUUUCUUGUACCUUAGUGUGUGAGACAAAAAGUUUCGAGCGUUGGCUGGUUUUAGAGCGAAGCUGUUUGCU